AUGACGUUCAUACCAUUGGCAAUCUGGCUUGGGGCACCACAGAUCACAGUGGAACUAUACAUCUGGAAGGGUAUCAUUCCAACUUUGUUGGGCAACAUUAUUGGCGGCGGUCUCUUUUGCGGAACCUACUAUUGGUAUAUGCAGCUUCUUGAUACGAAGUCUUUGCCCUUAUACAUUACAAAGAGAGAUGGCGAUAAUCUAGCAGGUCCAGCAUUACACUCCGAUGGGGCCAAUGCUAGGUAG